CUGCCGUAAAGCGCUGCGGGCGGCGGGCAGUGCCGCGGCGCUAUGGGGGGCGGCCGCCGUGUGCCGCGGCCCGGCCCGGCCCUGCUGGUGCUGGCGGCCCUCGGCGCGGUCCUGGUGGGGCCCGGCGCGGCGCUGCAGAACGUCACGGCGCAGCUCUUCGGUGCCGAGGCCCACGGCACCCUGGCGGCGUUCGGCGACUUCAAUUCGGACAAGCAGACCGACCUGUUCGUGCUGCGCGGCGGGAAUGAGUUGAUUAUCUUUUUGGCUGACCAAAAGGAACCUUACUUUAAGCCUCGUGUCAAGCUACCAAUGAAAUCUCUAGGUGUUGUCAUAACCAGUGUAGUUCCUGGAGAUUAUGAUGGUGACUCACAAAUGGAUGUCCUCCUGACUACCCGGACACAAAGUCAUGGCAGAGAUGAACUUUCAUUGUUUAUUUUCUGGGGCCAUAACCAAACAUUAGAUCUUAACCAUAAAACUAUGCUAAAUAAGACCUUUCGUGAUGAGCCUCUAGUAAUGGACUUUAACGGUGACUUGAUUCCUGACAUCUUUGGUGUCACAAGCGAUUCAAGUAAGCCACAGAUACUGAUAGGCGGAAACUUAUCAUGGCAUGCUGCAUUAGAUACUCAAAGUAGCAUGUAUAUACCACACUCUCAUGCAUUUAUAGAUUUAAAUAAUGACUUCACAGCUGAUUUGUUCCUUACUACGUCCAAUCCACGCAGCAUUCAGUUUGAGACAUGGGUAAAUAAGGAUGGCAACUUCUCUAAAGCUGGAAAAAGUAAAGAAAUACCCAGUGGUGUGGUGAUUGUUGGGCAGUCUGUGUUUGCAGAUUUUGAUGGUGAUGGACAAAGUGAACAUUUGUUACCAGUCUGUGAAGACCAAGCAUGUCGAAAAAGUGCCAUCUAUUUAACUAAGCUAGGACUGGAUCAGUGGAUUCCAGUCUUGCAAGACUUCAAAAAUAAAGACACUGUUUGGGGCUUCGUACCACAUCAAACUGACAAAACGACAUCAGAAGUUAAAUUUCCAAUUACCCUUCAUAUUGGAGAUUACAAUAUGGAUGGCUACCCAGAUGCUCUUGCUAUUUUAAGGAACACAUCUGGAAGCAACCAACAAGCCUUUUUACUAGAAAAUGUCCCAUGCAAUAACGUGAGCUGCAAGAGCGUGCGUCGUAUGUUUAAAGUUUUUUGGGAGCUCUCAGAUCUAAAUCAAAUCAAGGACGCAGUGGUAGCAACCUUCUUUGACAUAUAUGAAGACGGAAUCUUGGAUAUCAUUGUAGUAAGCAAAGGCUAUUCCAACAAGGACUUUGCCAUCCAUACAUUAAAAAACAACUUUGAGGCAGAUGCCUAUUUUGUUAAAGUUAUUGUUCUCAGUGGCCUCUGUUCUAAUGACUGUCCUCGGAAAAUAACUCCUUUUGGUGUUAAUCAGCCUGGUCCUUACAUCAUGUACACAACUGUAGAUGCAAAUGGAUACCUGAAAAAUGGAUCAGCUGGACAACUUAGCCAAUCGGCACAUUUUGCUCUCCAGUUGCCGUACAAUGUGCUAGGCUUGGGACGUAGUGCUAAUUUCCUCGACCAUUUGUACGUUGGCAUUCCUCGUCCUUUAGGAGAAAAGUCCGUAAGAAAACAAGAAUGGACAGCUAUCAUACCCAACUCCCAGCUUAUAGUCAUCCCAUAUCCUCAUAACGUUCCUCGAAGCUGGAGUGCCAAGCUGUAUCUGACCCCAAGUAACAUUGUGCUGCUAACAGCUAUAGCAUUAAUUGGUGUCUGUGUCUUCAUCCUGGCAAUAAUUGGCAUAUUACACUGGCAAGAAAAGAAAGCAGAUGACAGAGAGAAGCGACAGGAGGCUCAUCGGUUCCAUUUUGAUGCUAUGUGACAUGCCUUAAUAUUUGUGAAGGAGCUGCUACUCUUUUGCUUAAUUGAAAUACUACAUUCUGAUUUGUAAAAUGAUUACUGUGGAAAAUACUGCUGGUGUGCUAUUUGUAAAUGUUGCAUUAUUUGGUAUUUAUUUGGAACGUAUUAAAGGUAGAGCUGAAUGUCUCGUAAGGCCUUCCAGGAAAAACAAAAUGUAUAUGAUAGCAUUUGGUCUUUAUUUAACAAAACUGUACAUUUAUUUUUCCUAGUAUGAGGGAUCAUACUGCAUGUACCAUUGUUUACAUACCACCCAUUCUUCAGUAAUACUCCGAUAGAAAUAAAGCUGUGUAAAUAACGUUUAGCAUUUCAGUGAGCAGAACACUUUGUACCACGUGAAUGGGUAUUGUCAUUUAUACAUUCCUGCAAAGUAAACUGCCUUUCUGAAAAUCCAUCUUGAGCAAUUUCUCAGAUGAUGUAAUAAUUAAUUGAUUGUACUAAAUGGUGCUCCAUCUGAAGUAGUCUGCAUUUUUCUUUAUUAAAAUCCAUAUGUGCAAUAGUUAAGAAUUUAGGAAUUGGAGAACUAAAAGAAACCUGUGCAGUUGAUGCUCGUUCAGUAACUCAUGGCAUAGAUACAGCAUUUGUAUGUUGGUUCUGGAGAGAAGAUGACACAUUUAAAAAUACAUAUAUAGUCAUAAAAUGUAUUCGCAUGACACAAACAACGGCUUUUGUAAGUAAACUGUAACCAAGCUUACUUUAGGAAGGCCUAAAGUCACGGAAGUAACUUUAGGGGUGUUUUUGCUAUUUAUUUUUAAGAAAGGUGGGGGAAAUGUUGUUUGGUCAGAUGUUCUUGUCUUUUAAAGAAAUUAAAAGAAUUUUGGAGUGGAAGGAGAACGAGCAUUGACUCCCUAAAAUUCAUUAUUAAUGGAUGAAAUUUGCAAAGAUGAAAUCAAGAAUGUAAUAGGAAGCUCAGAAUAAGCAAUGUACAAUAUGCCCAAAGUGUAAGUCUGUAAUAACUACAAAAGAAGAGUAGCUCAACUCCGUAUUAAAGUAGUGAUUCAUGUUAGAGUGGCUCACAAUAAUCAGGACCCUGGUAUACUCUCUAGAAAUAAUCAAGCUUGUAUUUUUGAUAGCUGUUCCUAUAUCCAUAGUGAUAUUAGUUUAUUUAUUAUUGUGCAUAUAAAUCUGUCGGCUUGCAUUCUUAAUAAAUACUGUUUGAUAAAUUAGAACACACUUUCACAACAAACAAACUUUAAAGGCAUUGGUCUUGCAGGCAAUCACCUCGGUAGUGUUAGUGAUCAGUAUCUCCUCCACGCUGAAAGCCGGUAUGCUUGUCAAUACAGGAGGAGUUAAGAGAGCAGGUACAAAACUUGAACUGAUUGUGUCCACCCUGAAUCACAACUCAAACACCUUGUCACGGGGCCAGUGCUGAACUGGCCCGUUAUAAUAGCAGCUCCAAGCCAAAACUGAGAAAAGUACUGAAAGUCUCCUCCAUUACCAAGUUUUUAUUUAUUAUUUCUUAUAUGAACUGUUAAGAUUCCAACAAAGGAGACUGUCAUAUUACAUUCCCCCAAUUAUUCAGAACAGCAUAUUUUCUUAAUAUGCACCUUUAAUAUUUCUCUUGAAGUAGCAUGGAAAGGUAGAUUAUUUUUUUUUAGAUAAAUCCUUAAGGCUAUUGUAUUUGUUAAACCCCAUUGAUAGAAUUCUCUCCUAAUAGCAAAUUUAAUAAAGGGUUUCAUAAUUAAGAGGAAGCACAAUUUAAUGUGUUCUUUCUUUUGGGUGGUUGGAGAACAAGGCUAAAUGCAAAAUGCCACUGUGGCAGCAAAGUCAGCUGUAGCUCUCUGUCACAAUAUAACAAGCAUAGAUUAGCCUCCUUAUGUUUUUUGGAAGAAAAAAAAAAAAAAAAAAAAAACAAUUAGGAAUGAAAUAACCUCAUGCUGACAUUUAAGCUGCUGUCAAGUUAACAGAACAAUGAACUCAGUAUCUGUUGCUUUAAGGUGGUUUGCAUGUUCAGUAGCGCAUCAUUGCAUCCCUUCAUGUACAACGCUUUCUUGGAGCCUUAAUAGCUUUCUUAUAAUAGACUUUAUGACAGGUUCCAACUGCUCAGAGCUUGGCUUACAACAGUCCACGCAUAUUAUUUUGAAUUAAGGCAUUAAAUAGUGUUAAACCUCUUGUCAAA